AUGACAACACGCUGGUACUCAAUGAGCGUGUGGUCUUGGAUUAUUUUCUUGAGUGUGCGUUUAUAUGUCUUCUGUGGUCGUUGGCAGCUUCGUAUUGCAGGCAAGAUGGGUCGACCAAGCGAACAAGCUUUCAAGGUACAAUCCUGCCAGCUUCACACGAGCGUUUCGCACUGCCGUCGCCUCAUUGGACACGCUUUUAAAAAAGAUACGAACGAACGUGACUUUUUUCUUUUGCAGCCACAUAAGAUGUGGAAGGUCGUCUCAUUGUAUUUAUAUUAG